UAUCCUCAGUAAUUUUCACAGCUGGCUGCAGCUGGACCCCGCUGUCCGCGCGCAACUAUCCAUCCAGCCAGGACGCGCACCCGCUCCCCGGUCACAGCCGCUGCCCAGAGGCUCAAAGCCACCAAUUAGAACAGCUGGGACCAGGGAUGCGCACUCAAUUAACGUAAUCUCUUUUUCUUUUUGUCGUCCUAAAAGACCCCCCUAUCCUCCGUCACAAUUCCCCCCCAGAGCGGCUCCACGGGUUUCCUCUCGUCCUUUCGUCCCCGAGCCACGCGGAGGAGGUGCUGGCUGGUCCUUGUGCUGACCGCCGUCGCGAUGCUUCUGCUGGCUCUGGCCGUCGCUGUCCCGUUACUGCUGCUCCGCACCUCUGACACCUCCGCUCAUUACUACGAAAUGAUGGGCACCUGUCGGAUGGUUUGCGACCCGUACACCCCAAAACCGGGAGGCGCCACCGCCAUGGAGGUGAUCCAGAACGUAAACGGCAUCGCUCCGCAGCCGCCGAUGGCGCAGGGGAGCCGCGGGGAGCCGGGACGACCGGGUAAACCGGGAUCUAGGGGCCCGCCGGGAGAACCAGGACCCCCGGGUCCGAGGGGGCCACCGGGUGAGCGCGGCAACGGUAAACUCGCCUUCCCCGCGGUAACAGGACCUGUUGGGUCUGAGAACGGCGAGACGGACGGUGUGAACUCCACGGCCAACAGUUUGAGGAUCGCUUUCUACGUCGGUUUGAAGAACCCACACGAGGGAUAUGAGGUGUUAAAGUUUGACGACGUGAUUACAAACUUGGGGAACCAGUACGAUGCGAGCACCGGGAAGUUCACCUGCCAUGUGUCCGGGAUCUAUUUCUUCACCUACCAUGUGUUGAUGCGGGGAGGAGACGGGACCAGCAUGUGGGCCGACUUGUGCAAAAACGGACAGGUACGAGCCAGUGCCAUAGCUCAAGAUGCAGACCAGAACUACGACUACGCCAGCAACAGCGCUGUGCUGCACUUGGACUCGGGAGACGAGAUCUACGUCAAACUGGACGGCGGCAAAGCUCACGGAGGCAACAACAACAAGUACAGCACCUUCUCUGGCUUCAUCUUAUACCCCGACUAAACGCAGCACAGCAGGUUUCACGGACAGUAAUCACCACUAAAGAACUGUUUCCAUUGAAGUAUAUGGUCCAAUAUGUUUCUCCUAUUUUGAAGAUAGGUGCCACGACACACAGGUGUAUCUGCAACUGUAUGUUCUGUUGAUUUAGUGAGAGACCUUUUGUAUAUGUGUUUGAUUUAACUUAAGGUCAACAGCUCUACUGUCAUCAGAGUAUGAAUCUUAAUACUGCAGACCUACAGUAACACCCCGUACAUGCUCCGAGCUGAGAAAGCAUCAUGUUUCUUAAGUUCCUUUGAAUGAAGGUGAACACAUUUCUAAAAUGCUUUUGGGGAAAUGAGCCCCCAGCACAACACAUUUCAUGGCAACUUCAGUGGAAUCACCAUGAUCAGUGGAUUCUUUUGCAGGGUAAAUACCAGACCUUCCUCACCAAAAAAUAAAGAUCGUCUGUGUGUGCAGCUUGUUACGACCCAUAUUUAUGUUUAUUGUCAGGCAGCAACCUCUAUUGGCCGUAGUAAUUAUGGCGGGAGCAAAGGCGGAAGUUAGGUGACGUGGUAUAAAGAGGGACAAAUUUAAGUCCGCUUGAGGAGGUAUGGGUCAAACAAAUACAGUUUACUUUCCCUCAGAAGAUUGCUGUUCGUGUCCCGUGUGAAACCAAAAAUCAACGUUGAUUUAUUUUACCCUACGGGCGUAAGUUACAUGACAAACUUAUUUUAACCCAAACCAUGAUCUUUCCUAAACCUAACCAAGUAGUUUUGUUGCCUAAACUUAAACAAGUAGUUUUGUUUCACAACGUUAACCACGUGUUUAAUUUGCAACUGUUUCACAAUGUUGAAUAGAACGGUCAUAUGUCGUUUUGGUGGUCAUUUGAGAACCACCUAUUCUGUCGUUUAGGUAUGAGGACGUGUUGUAAAAUACAUUUUUCACGUGAAGUUCAACUUGCGUGAACAUUUAGCGCCACUGACCAACAGUAAACGUUUGAGGGAACAGAAAGCCGAAGAGUCCAAAAUGGAGGAAGCUAUAGUAGCUUCGUAGCUGUGUUGCACCGUCCACUUUUAUUUAACCUCCUCUGUUGGAGUAUAAACGGUUUCACAAAAGAGAUGUUCUUUGCAGAGAAUUAUGAGACAGGAGUCAAUACGUCAUUUAAUUAAACAGUGAAUUGACUGUCCUGUUAGCGACGAAACUAACAAGCUUGGGACUGAUAGUAAGCUAGCUAGCUUGGAACAAAAUGCUAAGGGGAGUAAACAGCACAGAGAAGCUCAGAAAGCUUUUGUGACUCACUAGCGCUAGCAUGUUCCAGGCUGGCAAGCAUAUUAGUAGUUAGCUUGCCAGUUACAGUAGUUCACAGACGUCAUCAAGCUUCUACAACCAAAUAUUUUGCGUAGAUGCGAGGACGUGCCACUUUCUGGUUGCGACCAGAGCUAAAAUACUGACACUUACAGCCACAUGAAUUACUUUCAUUCUCCAGUUUGUCUUUUUUAUCGCCCACAAGUAAGCACAUCAUCAGUAUUCAUGGCAAAAUGGGAGCAACAACUUCAACAGGUACACCUUUCUCUCCAUAAUUCACCCGACACGCACCUUAACUAGAUAAGCUGUGGUAGAAGAUACGAUCAGUUAAAAUGGUCUGACGUGACGAAGGUCAGUGGAACACAUUCUAAAUGCAUUAGAUAAGAUGCAAAAAGUCUAGGCCAUUUUGAUAUCUAUAGCAAGCAAAAUCAUGGUGCUUUGAGUAGUGUUCAAUGUUUCACUAAAUAACCCAAUAACCACACAUGAAAAGUACAAACGGAUGUCUCGCAUCGUUAUUGACUCGGUUAUAUUUUGUUGUCAUAUAUGCAAAUAAAUAUUGUGUUACAAACGUU